UAAUGUGCCACUUAUAAUAUCAUAUGUGAUUUUGCUUCCACGUAAAUCUGUAUUUCUGGAAAGGCACAAAGAGCAGAAUCUACAGACGAACGGUGGGAUGGACCACUUAUACCGUCCAAACAUGGCAACUCACGAAGCAGAUUCAGAAGCCGGUGCUGGCUUUUGUAGGAAAAUGUGGAUGCUGUGUGUUGCACUGCUGGCUCUGGGCUCUGUCCACUCUGUCAAUGGGGACUCAAAAGCUGUUACUACAACACUGACCACUAAAUGGCCCUCUACACCACUCCUGUUGGAGGCCAGUGAGUUCCUUGCUGAAGAGAGUCAGGACAAGUUCUGGGACUUUGUGGAAGCCAAUCAAAAUAUUGAGAAAGAUCAUGAUGAAACAGAUCUGGCAUACUACGAUCUGAUCCUGAAGAGAGCCAGUGUGCUGCUGAGCCCAGUGCAGCUAAACCUGCUUAAGUUCGCCUUAUCUCUGAGGGCCUACUCGUCCACCGUCCAUUCCUUCCAGCAGAUCGCAUCGAAUGAGCCUCCUCCACCUGGCUGUAAAGCAUUCUUCAACGUACAUGGGCAGACGUCUUGUGAUACUGAAAGGCUUAAAGUCAUGCUGGACAACGCCUUAGAACGGCCCAAGCCAUACCUGUUUAAAGGCGAUCACAAAUUCCCCUCAGCCAAUCCUGAUGCACCGGUUGUGAUUCUUUAUGCUGAGCUGGGCACCAAAGAAUUCUCCAGGUUCCAUCAGCUGAUGCUGGCCAAAACCAACAAGGGCCUGAUCACUUACGUUUUACGCCACUUUGUGUCGAACCCCAGCAAGGAUAAAGUGCACCUGUCUGGAUAUGGAGUGGAGCUGGCUAUCAAAAACCAAGAGUACAAAGCCAAAGAUGACACACAAGUUCAAGCUGGAGCUGAUGUGAAUGCCACUGUAAUAGGUGAAAACGAUCCUGUGGAUGAAGUCCAGGGCUUUCUGUUUGGCAAACUCAAGACCAUUUAUCCUGAACUUAAGGAACAGUUGAAGGAGCUCCGGAAGCAUUUGAUUGAGAGCACCAAUGAGAUGGCUCCACUUAAAGUCUGGCAGAUGCAAGAUCUCAGCUUUCAGACUGCCGCACGUAUCCUGGCAGCUCCCUCUGUGGACGCUCUCAAUGUCAUGAGGGAUUUGAGCCAGAACUUCCCCACCAAAGCCAGGUCCAUAACAAAAACGGUGGUUAAUUCAGAGAUCCGGAAGGAGAUUGAGGAAAAUCAAAAGUAUUUUAAAGGGACGUUAGGUCUCCAGCCAGGGGACUCGGCUUUGUUUAUCAAUGGACUUCAUAUUGAUCUGGAUGUGCAGGAUAUUUUCAGCGUUUUUGACAUAUUGAGGAAUGAGGCAAGGGUCAUGGAGGGUCUCCGUAGUCUGCUCAUAGACACACCCUACAUCCACGACAUCCUCAAACUCAAUGUCCAGCCUUCAGACUCUGACUAUGCAGUGGACAUCCGCAGCCCUGCUGUUAAUUGGAUUAAUAACCUGGAGACAGAUGGCAGAUAUGUGUCCUGGCCCUCUAAUGUCCAGGAGCUGUUGCGGCCCACCUUUCCAGGAGUCAUUCGACAGAUCCGGAAGAACUUUCAUAAUCUGGUGAUGAUUCUGGAUCCGACCCAUGAGAACACGGCAGAGCUGAUCAGCGUGGCUGAGAUGUUUUACAGCAACAACAUCCCACUCAGAAUUGGAGUGGUGUUUGUGGUAAAUGAUCUUGAUGAGGUGGAUGGGAUGAAGGAUGCUGGUGUGGCUCUACUGCGAGCUUUCAACUACAUCGCUGAUGACGUUGACAGCCAGGCGGCUUUCGAUGCGAUGAUAUCUAUGUUGAACAGAGUUCCCAGUGGAGGCAAACUGAAGGUGGAACAUGUGGUGGGUGUGUUGGAGAAGAGAUAUCCCUAUGUGGAGAUCAGCAGCAUCCUGGGGCCUGACUCUGCCUACGACAACAACAGAAAAGAGGGAAAGGCAUAUUAUGAGCAGACCGGUGUUGGCCCAUUGCCUGUGGUGUUGUAUAAUGGAAUGCCUUUACAACGUGAGCAGUUAGACCCAGAUGAACUCGAGACAGUCGUCAUGCACAAGAUCCUGGAGACCACAAGCUUUUUUCAGCGCACAGUCUACCUGGGUGAGCUGAACAGUGACCAUGAUGUGGUGGAUUUUAUCAUGAAUCAGCCCAAUGUGGUCCCACGAAUCAAUUCCAGAAUCCUGAGCACCAACAGAAAUUAUUUGGACCUUUCUGCCACCAACAAUCAUUUUAUCGACGAAUAUGCACGUUUCCUUUUUCUGGACACCAAAGAAAAGAACGCAGCGGUGGCCAACAGCAUGAAUUACAUGACAAAGAAAGGAAUGUCAACCAGGGAUGCUUCUGAUGAUGGCAUCAUCCGUCCAGUGACUUUCUGGGUGGUGGGAGACUUUGACCAGCCCUCGGGACGACAGCUGCUGUACGAUGCUAUACGUCACAUGAAAACCAGUAAUAAUGUACGAUUAGGAGUGAUCAAUAAUCCCGGAGAGAACCUGUCUAAUGAGACGACCCAAAUUUCUCGAGCCAUAUGGGCAGCCAUGCAGACCCAAACCGCCAACAACGCCAAAAACUUCAUCACCAAAAUGGCUAAAGAACAGACGGUAGAGGCUCUUUACAGUGGGAGUGACAUUGCGGAGUUCGCUGUCGGGGGCAUGGAUGUUCCUCUGUUUAAGAGUGCAUAUGAGUCCCCUAAUAUGAACUUCUUGUUGGCUCACUCUGCCUACUGCCGGGAUGUCCUCAAACUGCAGAAAGGCCAAAGAGCUGUGAUCAGUAAUGGAAGAAUCAUUGGUCCACUGGAAGAACGGGAGGUCUUUAACCAGGAUGAUUUCCUGCUUCUGGAAAGCAUUAUCUUAAAGACAUCAGGGGAGCGUAUUAAGGGCAAAAUUCAACAGCUGGGCAUAGUCGAGGACAGAGCUAGUGAUCUGGUGAUGAAAGUGGAUGCCCUGCUGUCCUCCCAACCCAAAGGUGAGGCGAGGAUCGAGCACACGUUUGCAGAAGACAGAUACAGCGCUGUAAAGAUCAGACCAAAGGAAGAGGAAGUGUACUUCGACGUUGUAGCUGUGGUGGAUCCAGUGACCAGAGAUGCUCAGAAACUGGCACCCCUCCUUCUGGUGUUGAAGCAGCUGGUCAACGUCAACCUGCGAGUGUUCAUGAACUGCCAGUCCAAGCUCUCUGACCUCCCACUGAAAAGUUUUUAUCGAUAUGUUUUGGAGCCGGAGGUUUCGUUUAUGGCGGAUAGCAGCUUUGCUCCUGGUCCGAUGGCUAAGUUCUUGGAUAUGCCGCAGUCGCCGUUGUUUACCCUCAACCUGAACACCCCUGAGAGCUGGAUGGUUGAGUCUGUCCACACACGCUACGAUCUGGAUAACAUCUACCUCGAAGAGGUUGACAGUGUCGUGGCCGCUGAGUACGAGUUGGAAUAUUUAUUACUGGAGGGUCAUUGUUUUGACGUAACAACAGGUCAGCCGCCCCGCGGGCUGCAGUUCACUCUGGGCACUGCCUCCGACCCCGUCAUAGUCGACACCAUCGUCAUGGCCAACCUGGGUUACUUCCAGCUGAAAGCAAACCCAGGAGCUUGGAUCCUCAGACUGCGGAAAGGGAGGUCGGAUGAUAUCUACAAAAUCUACAGUCACGAUGGCACCGACUCUCCAGCUGAAGCUGAUGAUUUAAUCGUCGUCCUCAACAACUUCAAGAGCAAGAUCAUUAAAGUGAAAGUGCAGAAGAAGCCUGAUAUGAUGAAAGAGGAGCUUCUUAGUGAUGAUGCCCAUGAGAACGACUCUGGAUUUUGGACAUCUAUAACCAGGUACAAAAUGUUGCCUUUUGAGUUCUACUGUAGCUCUCACUUAGAGUAUUUGUCUGUUAAUGGUUCUUUCUUUAUCUCUUUCAGAGGAUUUACUGGUGGUUCAAAGCCAGAAGAACCCAAACAGGAGAAAGAUGACGUCAUUAACAUUUUUUCUGUGGCCUCCGGUCACCUGUACGAGAGGUUCCUCAGGAUAAUGAUGCUGUCUGUGCUCAAACACACCAAGACACCCGUCAAGUUCUGGUUCCUCAAGAACUACCUGUCUCCAGCUUUCAAGGAGUUUAUUCCAUAUAUGGCAGAGAAGUAUGGUUUCCAGUAUGAGUUGGUACAGUAUAAAUGGCCACGCUGGCUUCACCAGCAGACAGAAAAGCAAAGGAUCAUCUGGGGAUAUAAGAUCCUGUUCCUCGAUGUGCUCUUCCCCCUGGCUGUGGACAAGAUCCUCUUUGUAGAUGCGGAUCAGAUAGUUCGCACAGACCUGAAGGAGCUGCGGGACUUUGAUCUGGAGGGAGCGCCGUACGGUUACACGCCUUUCUGUGAGAGCCGAAGAGAGAUGGAUGGAUACCGCUUUUGGAAGUCUGGCUACUGGGCCAGUCAUUUGGCAGGACGUAAAUACCACAUCAGUGCUCUAUACGUUGUCGAUUUGAAAAAGUUCAGGAAGAUUGCAGCUGGAGACAGACUGAGAGGCCAGUACCAGGGUCUGAGUCAGGACCCCAACAGCUUGUCCAACCUGGACCAGGAUCUGCCCAACAAUAUGAUCCACCAGGUGCCAAUCAAGUCACUUCCUCAAGAGUGGCUUUGGUGUGAGACCUGGUGUGAUGAUACAUCUAAAAAGAAAGCCAAGACUAUAGAUCUGUGCAAUAAUCCACAGACAAAAGAGCCCAAGCUGCAGGCUGCUGUGCGUAUAGUAGCCGAGUGGAGCGACUAUGAUCAGGAGGUAAAGAGAAUCUACAACAACUUUCUGGGGGAGAAAGAGAGAGGCACCACAGACAGCUAUCGGCAAACAGACAGAAAACACCCAGUUGGUGACACGCACUCAGAGCUUUGAGCAGAUGCUCUGCGACGAAGAACGGAGGACUCUGUUCAAAGAGUCAUCUUUUCUUCACCCUUUUUAAACCAAGCCUAUCCUCCAGGAAUGGGUUGACAUUCGUGCUGAACUUGAACAGAAUUAAUGCAAAAUUCCCUCUUUUUGUAUCUGAAUGCUUGUGGACGUGUUGGGGUUGUGGGUGAACGACACAGGCGGAGGACGUCUCCUCUAUCCAGGCACUUUUUUGAUGUUUAAUAACCCCCUACAACACUCUGAGCCUUGCAUAUGCCAUAAACAAUACCAGUUACACUAGACCUUAGAAAAAUACCCAGCACGGUCUCGACUGGUCGAGGUCGUACCAUAAGGAAUAACAUAAUUGAACGAGAAACUGCAUGUGUGCGAUUUUAAUAUUAAAGCAGAUUUGAUAAAUGUCCCUCUUAGCUGUAAUAUCAGGCACUGACUCGCACUCAUGGAAAUGAUUAUUAAAUCAUGAAACAUGAGAUGCAGACUGUUCAUUUAAAAGCCACCCAUGGUGUUGAAACGCCACGGCUACAAAGUGAUGUCAUAAUAGUUUGACUUUAAAGCACAGAUCAUUUCCUGUGACACAUCAUAGUUCAGUUAGAGGCUCUGUUUAAAAAUUCAGAUUCAUCUUUUGGUAAACAAGCCAGCGCUAGUCUGUUUUCGUGGUUUUGAAAGUGGUUUCCAUAUUGCAAAAAUGCUAAAAUCGCAUCACUUUUCAAAGAGAAACAUCAAAAGAACUUUUAACUCAGGAACAAGCAAUUCGGUCGAUUUAGUCACAGCUAAAGAAUUUUUUCCGUUCCGCAGAGGGAAAUUUUAAUUUACUGACAAAAUCUCUGUGGGCAUUGAAAAGCUCCAGUAGUGUUGUCACAGCCUAAUGUUGGUUCAUGGUUACUCCACAUUAAAAUGAUUCAUAAUGGCAGUCAGUUAAUGAAACUCAGUCAAUGGUCCUUUUAGCCCAACAGGAUUAGAAUGAUGUCUUUAGAAGAUUACGAGGAGGGGAAAAAAAACUCCAACUUCCUUCAGAGGCGCUGCUAGCAGGUAAUUACAGGUUGUUGUUUAAAUUUAGUUUCUGUUUGUUUUCUUUUAGUAUCACUGGAUUUCAAAACCAUUGAUGUGGUUGCUUUUUCCAAGGUUUUUUUUUUUU